GCAUGCACCGUCGAGCUAUGUGUGCAUAUCCACACCCUAUACUGGAAUCUGAAUCUGAGACACGGGCCUCACUUCAAACGCAUGGAAGAAUCAUACGCAGGACCCGCCACUUCCUUCCACCUCCGUGCCUUUCCGAACUAGAACGGAGAGUCGAUUAGGCAGAGGUCAACGUACUGUCAAAAUGUUCCGUGCUACUUACCAGCUACGGAUGAUUGACACUCGCGGUGGAAACCACAAUUUCGUCAACCUCGGGAGCCUGUAUGGAGCUUCGCAAUGGUCACCUUGUAUGUCGUUCUUACAGGAUGGGACUUCUGUCAUAUAUAAACGAUGCCCCAAUGAUUUAGUGGGGGAACUUCGAGUUUUGGAAGGGUUCAACCAGCGCCUGCGAAGAUUAUUCGAGCCGAAAUUCAAAGCCCUCAGGGAGCGGCAGAUGGCUCAUGUCCUCUACGUACUGUACGUCCAUAGCUAUGCGGUUGUGGUUGCGCUGCUUAUUUUCUUCCAGCAUGCCCCUCCAUCAAUCAACUACGCCACGCGGAUUACGGCGGCCAUUACACAUAACUGUCUCCAGCAAUCUCGAUAUAAAUCGGCAUAUGUUUCACAUCUAUUGUCGCGGAAACGACCUGUCCCAAGGAUUUGCGAAGUUUGAAAUAAGCAGUAUUACCAAGUCUGUGGAGCUGGAUCAACUUCGAGACACUCUCCAAACCUUUCCUCGGAGCCAAAGUUUUCAAAGGCACGUUCGUUGAUGGAAAGCUUGAACCCCGACCAGCACUCCCUCCGUCCUACCUAGACACCCUCAGACAACGAG